AUGGAACCACCACCGUCUUAUGAAGACGUGAUUAGAAGCGAUUUGAGAAAUGCUUUCCUAGAUAUGGAACGUCUUCAAUAUAGAAUGCCGUAUACGAUUGCACCACCUUGUCGAGCUGAGCAAAAUCGCUAUGCAACAUCUCGCGGACGAGCGCCAUCGAUAUCGUUACCGAUUGGCGUCGAUGGCGAAGAGGGGAAAAAUCAUCGAGUUAUAACCACCAUAGUGAUGUUCGUAUUUGUGUUCACCGUCAUCAUAAUUAUUGCAAAGUUAACCGAGAAUUCAAGGUAUGCAACUGCGUUGUCACCACGCGGCUGA